AUGGAACAAUUCCAAGACCCCAAUGCUCGUGGAAUAUGGAAGGUCUUUGAGAAACAUGAAGAAGGAUAUGAUCUAUUACCCCACCCACCGCACGUCAAAUACAACGGGAACCCAGCAUGGCCAACCAACGAAAAAAACGAAUCAACAGAGCAGGACACACCAAAUGAUCGAUAUACAACAGGAACCUCCGAAUCGGGAAAGCCAGUCUCAAUCCUGAUUCUGGAAUCCCCAGAAAUACCCGAUCAAAUGAUCCUACAAUACUUGCGCACAAAAAACGCUCUAAACAAGGAGCACGAACACACCUCGCCUCCAUCUUUCUCCCACUCCUCUUCGGGUCCAUCCCGCUUCACCUUCACAACUUUAAGAUUGAACUUCCCACAGUAUCCUCUUCCGGGGGUUUCUACGACAGUGAUUACUCUCCUGGUACUGGUUUGGAUUGUUAUGUUCACCAUUGGGCUGCUUGAAUUGGCGAAUUAUCUUUGGAGACGAAGGGAACAAGCUUUGGUGAGAGAGUGUGUUCAAGGUCUGUAUGAUGAGGAGGAAGAUGUGGGCUUCAAUGAGACAACAAAGAUGCCCUUGAGGAUAGUUAUUACUCCUCCGCGAAGCAAUGGACUGUGCUCCGUGGGAGAAUACGAAUAUGAGUUCCUUGAGUCUGUUUCUAGUGACUAUGAGUCUGACUGUGAGUCGGACUCGGGUUCGGACUCGGGUUCGGAAUCUGAUGAGUUUGAUUAUCGUAUCUUUUGA